AUGGCCAAGCACGUGGCCGAGCGUUGCGCGUACGAAGCUGCGGUCGCGCUGGUCCACGAGCCGGGCGCUUUCGUCUCGACUGGCGCUCUGCCGCAGUCUCCGCCGUUCCUCAUCCGCCCAGAUCCAAGCGCUCUACCCAUCCCGAGCGCGGCCAUAGCGUUUGCCUACGACGAAGGCUUUAACUCGAUGCUCGAGACGAUUGAAGAAGACAUUACGCGGGACUUGGCGCCGACGGGCGAGAUGCAGCUCGUUCUCUCGCACAUGGCGAUCGAUAGCGUUGGCGACGCGGCGACGUUCAAGCUGCUCCCGACCAACGACGCCAAUGACGCCUGCACGUUUGGCUCGCUCAUCGUUCUCCUUCCAUCCAUGCACGAAGGCGGCGUCAUCACGUGCACGCACGGCAGCGAGACUGCGAGCUUUGACGUCGAGACGUCGCCGGUUGUGACGGCGUUUGCGGCGGCCUUUCUGAGCACUUCGUUCACAUCGGCGCCGAUCACAUCGGGUCGCCGCGUCGCACUCGUCUUUCGAUUGAGCUACGACGAGGCGCACGACAACAUGCGAUUGGCGGCGCCCAACCAAGAACCGGCCAUUGCAGCGUUCACAGCGCUCGCCCACUCACCGUUUUUGACAUACCAGUGCAUUGGCAAGCCCGUUGCGUACCCGACGCCCAGCGAACCUCCAUCGUUCGAGCACCUUGAGAGCAUUGACAAGGGCCUCGUCGACGUCCUUCUUGUGACCAAAUGCUUUGACGUCGGGUUGGUGGUGGACGCGACGUACUACUGCAGAGCGGGCUACGUACUGCUGCACCCUGCCUGCGGCGUGCCCGACAUCAUUUGGGACACGUGCAAGUACCGAAAGCCUGAUCUCACCCUCGGCGACAGCGCAGAGUCGUCGUGUCGGCUGAUCUUUUGGCCAAAACAUCACCGCGUCGUCCUGGGCGAUUGGGACGAUGCACUCGAGUACUUGGCCAUCGUGCUGCUCGGGGACGCGCCGGACGAUGGCCACGGGCUUGACGAAGAUGACGGUUAUCUCGGUCUUAGAGAUGUGGACGUAAUCUUGCGUGCGGCGAUGACGACCUUUGGCCCCGAUCGACGGCUCCCACAAGAUUAUUUCUAUGGGCGAAGGCAUCCACUGGCGAUCAUGGCCCGUCUCUUGGCGCAUCAAGAUGAUCUCGACCUCACGCUGCACUUUGUCGCCAACAUUGUCUCGUUCGAUCGAGAAGAUGUGUCCGUGUCCGACGUCGCGCUCUGGCUGCAUGGGCUCCUCACGACGCAUGGAUGGGGGCCGUUCUUACCGGCAUUGCUGCAGCUCCUCCCGCGCUUGUCCAAACGACACGUCCUUGACGUUCUGCACCUUUUGACGAGCUUUGUCGGCCUCGACGAUGCGCCGCUACACGUCAUUUUCAAGCGGAACUUGCUUCUCGAAGCCUACGUCACCAACACGGCGCCACACCUCGCGCGUGCCAACUACAUUGGCCACCGCCUGCCACCGGCGCUCGUCUCGGCCGUCGAUGCAUUUGUCUUGCCACCGCCGCCAUCGGUGGCGCCGCUGUUCAUGGCAGACCGCAGCUGCAACUUCCACGCAGACAUUGCAGUGGGCCUCGCCUCUGCGAUUCAACGCGAUCCGACGAUCGCACGCAGCCCGUUGGUCGCGCAUGUGCUCGAUGCGUUCCGCGCUCGCACCAUGACUGAGCAGGACGUAUGCGACUUGGAGCAAGCGGGCCUGGACGUGGCGGGAAGCCUCAUGUACCUCGCACUCUUCGUAAAGCGCCUCGACGACGCCGUAUUUCUCAACUUGACCAGAGCGUGGGGCCUUGGGCUGCUCCCCGUGGCCCGUACGAUUGCCACCAAGUUCAAAGAGCUGGUCGCACCGGCUUUGACGUCGCGGAUCGCCGCUUAUAUCGUCGCGUCAUCGCACACGCUCGCUGAGAAAGAGAUGCGCUGUCGGAUGCUGCGUUGCACGGUCUACGCGCCAGAUACGUCCAAGGCGCAUAAACUCGUGCGUGAUGCGAUCGAGCUGCUCAGAUGGUUCGCGAUCGACGAGCUGCUAGCGUUCCUUGACGUGUGGUGUGACGCGCUUUGGAAAACACUGCGAGAGACGGACCAGCUGCUGCUCCCGCUGGCGAACCUCUUCGUGCAUGUCGAUGCGCCUUUGUGCCGCAGACUUUUCGCUCUGGCCACGACCAAGCCAUCGGCCAACUCAUACAGCGAGUCGUUCAGCUACGCAUAUGGCUCCAGAGACGUGUGGGGCUCGACGUUCCCGCGGGCUGCCGACGCGCGCAGUAACGAAGCCGCCGUGGUAGACCGAGUUGCGACGGUCAUUGCAACGUUGCAAGCGCAAUUAUGCACAUCAACAAAGACAACUGUGGACGUCAAGAACGAUACGACGCGACAGACAAAGCGCCAGCGGCGAUAG